CAUACUUAAGGGACGAAUUUGAAGUUAUCUUCAAACAUAAGGGACCAUUUAUGUCAUUUUCUCUCAUAUCUCCAGUUCUGAAAAGACUACUGUUUCUCCAAGAAUCUAAAAUCGGGAGCAUCAGCAAUGCUAGCACUAAACCCAACAUCAAUCUUUGUGUUCCCACAACAAAACCCAAAACCAUUUUCAUUUAAUAGGGUUUCAAAAUUCAUUUCCAGAGCAAUUUCAAGAUUCCCCGGGGAUUCCGAUUCCGACGACUCACCGGAAGAAGUUCCCGUCCACCGGCGGUCCAAUUACUCCGGUGUAAAGCUUGAAGAAACAGUAGAUGUUAAGACUGUAAAGCUAAGACUAGAUUCUUGGGUUAGUUCUCGCAUUAAUGGUGUUAGUAGAGCUCGUGUUCAGUCAAGUAUAAGAGCCGGCCUUGUUUCCGUCAAUGGACACGUCACUGAUAAGGUCUCACAGAUGGUAAAAGGUGGGGAUAAGGUUAAUUGUACAAUAUCUGAUUUGAAGCCUUUAAGAGCUGAACCAGAGGAUAUUCCAUUAGAUAUAGUGUAUGAAGAUGAACAUGUGCUUGUUGUUAACAAGCCUGCUCACAUGGUAGUUCAUCCUGCACCAGGAAAUGCUACUGGAACGCUUGUAAGCGGAAUUCUUCACCACUGCAGUCUUCCCACUCUUUCAUUUCCGGGUGAGGAAGUGCUUUCUGAUGUGGAGGAUGCUUCUGAUGAUGAGUUGAACCUGUCUUCUGUUAUGCGUGAGUCAGCUGUUCGGCCAGGAAUUGUGCAUAGGUUAGACAAAGGAACAAGUGGAUUGCUUGUUGUAGCGAAGAACGAGCAUUCUCUUGCCGAUCUAGCUGAGCAGUUUAAGAAACAUACCAUAAAGAGAGUAUAUGUUAGCAUUACUUGUGGGGUACCAACAUCAGUUUCAGGACAUGUUGAUGUUCCUAUUGGUCGUGAUUCUAAUAACAGAAUCCGUAUGGCUGCUAUUCCUGGAACACCUAAAAGUGGAAAAUCCCGUCAUGCUGUCAGUAGGUAUAAAGUAAUUGAAAAACUUGCUGGGGGUGGCUCCACAUUGGUUGAAUGGAGGUUAGAAACCGGGCGGACUCAUCAGAUACGUGCUCAUGCGAAGUACCUAGGUAUACCUCUCAUGGGUGAUGACGUUUAUGGAGGUACUAAGGACAUGGCUCUUUCGCUUCUUCAGCCUAAAACACCACCAAGGAUUCAUAGGAAACUUUCGGAAUUGGUUUCUCGUAUCGAAAGACCUUGCCUCCAUGCUUUAACCCUCGGAUUUAGGCAUCCAUACACAGGCGAGAAUAUACACUUCACGCGGUUGCCUCCUCCUGAUUUUGCUGAGAUUUUAACGGAGCUACGUGCCAUUAGCACUGAGAAGGUAAAAGGAGCAGCAGAUCGUCUUUGAUACAAUCAACAAAUGUGCAUACGCAGACAUAUCAAACACAGUUUUGAUAAUAAUACUGUAAUAGAUAGCUAUCAUGAGUUUAUUCUUUUUCUGGUUAUAGUUGGAUUACUCUCCUAUGAUGUAAAGAGAGGAAUUUCGAUUAUCUUCUAUUAAAAGUCAAAUGUACGCUUUAAAAAGCAA